GGAGUUCUUGUCCUUUGUAGCGAGCAUGCCGCAGCCCUCAAAAAGUCUUGGUCAGUGGUUUAGGCGAUGUUCAGGGAUCAGAUUGAAAUCCUUCUCUCCAACGAUGACUCUGGGUGCCUUUGUAUGUGUGUGUCAGUGUGUGUGUGUGUGUGCAAUUUCUUGUUGCGCUCUUCCACACUGAUGAAAGUGGUCAACAUCUUGGGGCUGUUGUGUGUGUGUGUGUGUUGCAGUGGGGUAGUGACAAACUUCAACAUUAAGGCAUUAGAAGUUACGAACACAGAGUGAUUGGUUAUUACACAGGUUGCACCAGAAGCACCCAGUCUUGUACGAAAUGACAUGAGCGGUGACCAGCUCGACGGCCAGGCCGGCCUUUGUUGCGCCUGGAAGGUGGUUGGCUGGCUUCGCCGCAAGCAGCACCAGGAGCUCUUCAGGGAAAGCGAGUUGAACCAGGUGGCGAGCCUUCCACAGGACCAUAACUUGCCGCCGGAGAUCUUCACAUGGGACAACGAGGGCCCCUUGCCACCUGAGGUCUUUGUACAUCACCCACGAAGUCCCACACAGGACGCGCCAGAUCUCAAGGGCGAGACCUUCGAGGUGGAUCCUGAUGAAGAUGAGAUUGAUGAGGUGAUGGAGGUCUCCCUGGGCAACCUGGGUCACUUCAACCCGGAUGAGAUGGAAGCGACGGAGCUGGAGAAGCCGGAGGACAACCUUUCAGGUUCGACGCCAGAUCAACCAGUGGGAAUGCAAGAGACCAGCAGUAAUUCUUCCUCGACAAUGCCACAGGAGCCCAGGGCGCUGCAUGCCCUGGUCACGGCAACGGAGGAGACGGUGAGUGAAGAAGUGGAGGAACUCGAAGAGAUCAACCUCGACCUGCACGUGGCGCGGUUUUGAGGUUGCCGCGUGAGAAGCAAGCAAAUGGCGGGAACCCGCUGCGGUUUCUCCGCGGCAGGGUGAUGACUUGGCAGGUGGCGCGGUCCAAUGAACUUCGCGCAUCAAUCUGUCAUGUCGUCUGUAGUAUGGCAUACCGCCACGGUGUGCCUUGAUGUCUGGGGUGUUCCGACUUUGGG